UUUUCUAUUUGAUGCAGAAGUUGUUCAUAUUUACUGGGUUUUUUUCCCGUUAGCACGAUCCAUUGGUUUCAGGUAUGGCUCUCAUUUGUUUUCCUUGUCGGAUCACAAAUGAACCACCUCUUCCUGCUUGAGCGGUUAAGUUUCCUAUAGAUGCCUAUCAGCGAUAGGCCGGCUGUAAAAAAAAUAAGAUCGCGACUCUAUUAGCAAUAUUGUUCUUUCCGUAACCAUAUUCUUGUGCUUUGUCAUCCAUGUCGUUCAUAAUCGUUUUGUUUAUAAUGACUUUAUUCAAGAAACACUUUUCUUAGAGCAGGUGGCUCGUCAAAACACAACCCAUUUCAAGAAUACUUUUGUAGCCAGCAUGUUAACUUUUCUGACUAUAGCUGUCAUUAUAAAGUUAAAGCCUUUUGUUACUUGAUACUUCUCACCGACAGACGCUGUAAAGAUUAUUUAUUUAGCUGUCGACAGAGACGCUUGCUUGUUGCUUUGAUCAGUUCUCGUUGCUUUUGGUGUAUUUUUUUUACGAUUCUUGUGGUAUUUCAUCUUCUCUGUCGGAGCAGUUAGUAAGAAUGGCCACGGGUGACAUAGAAGAGGUCCCAAUGCAUCCACCAGAUGCAAGCAAGAAGGACAAGACUUCAAGCGAACCAUUCAUUGUCUUCUCCAAGAAACGUUUUUUGAUUAUCAUAAUAAUACUCGUUUUACUGGCCGUGAUUAUUGGAGUCUUGUCUGGUGUCCUUAGUGCAAAAUACGCUGAAGAAAGAACAAGACGUGAGCUCUUAGCUGACAAGGAAAAGAGAAAUAAAGGAGCUGCUGCUACGACUGCUUCGAGUAUCACAACCAAACCAACUCUAGGCCCCGAGCCAUGGUAUCAAGUACGACUACCAACUAACGUGGUCCCUAUUCAUUAUGACCUGUAUUUACACCCWAACUUGACUACAGACACGUUCAAUGGUAAUGUGAGUGUAUUAGUUGAAGUGAAUAAAGAUACAGAGUACAUCUUGAUUCACUUCAAUGAGAUGACAAUCACGCAUUCGUCAGUACACUCGGCUGAACCGCGAGGAAACGAGUUCGUUGCUGGUAAAGAACAAGAAGUCAAAGAAAAAAUGGAGUAUACGGAAAACAAUUUUUAUGUUUUCAUCAUGAAAAGCAAACUUAAACCUGGAAAAUAUGUCAUUCAAAUGAGCUACAAAGGUGUGCUAUCUGGGAAAGUAUUGAAUGGUUUGUACCUUAGCACUUAUAAAGACAAGAAAUUGGGCAAAAGGAAACUCGUAACGACAAAGUUCGAGCCGACAGAUGCCCGCAAAGCAUUGCCCUGCUUUGACGAACCAGCGAUGAAAGCCACCUUCACGACGACGAUUGUACAUGACAACGACUACACGGCACUAACCAACAUGCCUGAAGACAGUAAGAAUAGUUUGCCUAAUGGCGUGGUAGCCACCAAAUUCCAGAAAUCUGUUCCAAUGUCCACUUAUUUACUGGCUUUCAUCGUGUGUGACUUCGCUCACAAAAAAACAGUGACAGGAAAACACAAGAACAUCACG